AUGAUGCGGUCUAUUAUCAGCCUUAUCCCACUGUUGGCUACAACUGCCGCUGCAGCUGCUAUUGCUAAUCCAGCCAUCACUGCAAGGGCUGCCGCAACUGGCAAUCCAUUUUCGGGGUAUCAGCAGUAUGUUAAUACAUUCUAUGCAUCUGAAGUUUCAGCAUCUGCGCUACCCUCCAUGACGGGCGCUGCGGCAGCAGCAGCGAGCUCGGCAGCCAAGGUUCCAUCUUUCUACUGGUUGGACACGGCUGACAAGGUUUCCACAAUGGGGGACUUCCUGUCUGAUAUCAAGACAAAGAACGCAGCUGGUGCUAGCCCACCCAACGCAGGAAUUUUCGUUGUUUACGACUUGCCAGACCGUGACUGUGCUGCGCUUGCCAGUAAUGGCGAAUAUUCGAUCGCUGAUGGCGGAGUCGCGAAGUAUAAGACAUACAUCGACAACAUUCGUGCGACUCUUCAAAAAUACUCGGAUGUACACACUAUUCUUGUCAUUGAGCCCGACAGCCUGGCCAACCUGGUCACCAAUAUGGGAGUUUCAAAGUGUGCCAAUGCUCAUGAUGCCUAUCUCGAGUGUACCAAUUAUGCUGUGACCCAAUUGAAUUUGGAUAACGUGGCGAUGUACCUUGAUGCUGGACAUGCUGGGUGGCUUGGUUGGCCUGCAAAUCUGAGCCCAGCAGCUCAGCUCUACGCUCAAGUUUACAACAAUGCCUCCCAGCCCGCUUCGCUGCGUGGCCUGGCAACAAACGUUGCCAACUACAACGGCUGGUCUUUGUCCAGCUGCCCCUCCUACACCUCAGGCGACAGCAAUUGCGACGAGAAGAAAUAUAUCAACGCCAUGGCGCCGCUUCUGAAGAGCGCAGGCUGGGAUGCCCAUUUCAUCACAGAUACCGGCCGCAAUGGUGUCCAGCCCACUCAGCAGAAUGCUUGGGGCGAUUGGUGCAAUGUCAAGGGCACUGGAUUUGGUGUUCGGCCCACUACCGAUACUGGUGAUGCCCUGGAGGAUGCUUUUGUUUGGGUCAAGCCAGGUGGUGAAAGUGAUGGCACCUCGGACAGUAGUUCGGCACGGUAUGACGCCCACUGUGGAUAUAGCGAUGCUCUUCAGCCAGCCCCCGAGGCCGGUACUUGGUUCCAGGCAUACUUUGCUCAGUUGGUUGCGAACGCGAACCCAUCGUUCUAG